AUGUUAAAUUAUAUAUAUUAUAUAUGAGAAGAACCAGUUUAUAUUACUUUAGGUAAUUGAUUUAAUGUAGGUGAUAUAUGUGUUCCUUAUGGUUUAUCUUUAGAUUCUUUAGCUUUGACUGUAAUCAUACCUGUGGGUAUAGUAACUAUAGCUGUAUUAAUCUAUGCUAUAGAAUAUAUGUCUCAUGAUCCUAAUCGUAAUGUAUUCUUAAUAAUAUUAAGUGUAUUUGCAUUAUUUAUGACUAUAUUAAUUAUUAGUGAUAAUUAUAUUAUGUUAUUUAUAGGUUGAGAAUUUGUUGGUGUUAUUUCUUAUUUAUUAAUAUCUUUUUGAUCUACUCGUAUUGCUGCUAUGAAAGCUGCUUUAUCAGCUAUAUUACUUAAUAGAAUGGGUGAUACCUUCUUUAUGUUAGUUUUAGGUAUAUUAUUAUCUUAUUUUCAUGCUAUUGAUUUUGAAACUAUUGCUUUAUCUACACCGUAUACUAAUACAUUUUUAUUAAAUAUAAUUAGUUUAUUAUUAUUAAUGGCUGCUACAGCUAAAAGUGCUCAAUUAGGUUUACAUUCAUGAUUACUUCUUGCUAUGGAAGGUCCUACUCCUGUUAGUGCUCUAUUACAUGCUGCUACUAUGGUAUGUGCUGGUGUAUAUUUACUUGCUAGAUCUUACUUUAUAUUAGAAUAUUCUCCUAGUAUAUUAUUAAUAAUAUGUUGAUUAGGUGGUAUAACUACUUUAGUUAGUGGUUUAAUAGCUAUAUUAACUAAUGAUAUUAAAAAAGUAAUAGCUUUAUCAACUAUGUCACAAUUAAGUAUAAUGAUAUUAGCUAUAGGUAUUAGUAGUUAUGAUUUAGCUAUAUAUCAUCUAUAUUGUCAUGCUUUCUUUAAAGCUUUAUUAUUUAUGGGUGCUGGAUCUAUAAUACAUAGUUAUGUAUCUGAAACUCAAGAUAUGCGUAAAUAUGGUGGUUUAAUUAACUAUUUACCUAUGAGUUAUACUGCUAUAUUAAUAGCUUCAUUAUCUUUAAUGGCUAUACCAGGUCUUUCAGGUUAUUACUCUAAAGAUAUUAUAAUAGAAUCUUUAUAUGGUACUUAUACUUGUAGUGGAUAUAUACUAUAUUAUCUAGCUGUUUCUUCAGCUACUCUUACUAGUAUUUACUCUAUAAGAGUUUUAUAUCUUACUUUUUAUAAUAUACCUAAUAGUAAUAAAAAUAGUUAUAAAUAUAUACAUGAGAACUUUAAAAUUAUAAUACCUAUGUUAUUAUUAAUUAUAUACAGUAUAUAUUUAGGUUAUAAUAGAGAUUCAGUUAUAGGACAUAUGGCAUACUCAUUACCAUCAAAUAAUAAUUUUAUAGAUACAGAAUUUACAUUACCUUUUUAUAUUAAGUUAUUACCUUUAAUAGCAGGUUUAUCAUUAUCAAUAUUAUUAGUUUAUAUAUAUGAAUAUACUUAUAGUUUAUAUAGAAUAGAAAUAUAUAAUUAUUUCCGUAAUAAAUUAUAUUAUGAACAAUUAUUAAAUAAUUUAAUUAUACGUAAAGUAUUACAUAUUGGUGGUUUAUUAAAUAAUUAUACUGAUAAUGGAUUAUUACGUACUUUAGGUUCUACUGGUAUAAGCAGAGGUGUACUUUAUAUUAAUAUAUGAAUAAUAUUAAAUCUAUUAUAUAUAUUCCUUUUAAUUUCCACACUUCCCCCCUCCAAAGGAGGGGGGGACUAUAUUAUUAUAAUUAAAUAA